CAAAGAUGGGCGACAGAAAGCACAUGGAUCCGUCGGCGGUUACUGAAGAGGCGGCGGCGUACAAUAGCGAGAGUGUGAAGAAGAAGGCAAGACUUUAUUCAACACUCUCUGCCCUUCUCGAUGAUCCCAUUCUCGCCGAUGUAUCGAAGAAACCGACUUUAUCCGAUGUCGAUACCCUAAUCAAUUUGGAGCUCGGCAGCGCCAUGCGCAUAUCUGUCCUUAAAAUGGACAACACCUCCUUCGAUGUUGCAGUUAAUAAUUCGGCCAAUGUCAAGGAUCUGAAAUUGGCAAUUAAGAAGAAAGUUAAUGAAAUGGAGCAAUCCAACAUGGGUCAUCGUCAAAUUUCCUGGAAACAUGUAUGGAAGAAUUUCUGUCUUUCUUGUCAAAAUGUUAAGAUGCUUGACGAAAGCUCCUCCCUGCAAGAUCACGGCCUUCGAAACAACGCUCAGGUGCAUUUUAUCCCCUAUGUCGCUUCAAAGGAAUUCCAAAGACAUUCUAAAAGGAGAAAGCAUCGCUUCUUUCAUGGCCUAAACCGGAAAACAUGAGGGAUUAUCACUUGUUUUUCAGAAAUGAUUCAGAAACUCAUCAUGCAUAUAUGUAUUGUAUCAAACAUUGAUCAAGAAGAGAUAACCCAUUAAAAACAGUAUCAAUAUACAUGCUUAUUAUUGAAUCAAGGAAAAAAACUCCAAUGUCUAGUAAUUUGGAUUCAAUUAAGGAUGACAACAAAUCCAUUAUCUCCCUAUGUGUUUACAUUUUAAUAUAAUCUGUCAGUUUCAUUUCAUUUCAUCUCUGUAGGAAGCUCACAUUUGAGCCACCCACCAGCCAUAUCGGUGAUGGAGGAGGUAAAACCCUGCCACCGAGAAAAUGUAAGGAUAUACAACAACAAUGUAGUCAUAGUUUUACUCUACUUGAGAUAGAUAGCAGUUUGAAUGUUAUAGUUUCAUUUAUUGUUUCAAAAUAAGGGAUAGUCUUUACUUACAGCAGAUAAAAGAUCAGCUGCAGCCAUAUUUGAACAUCUCCCACUUUGACAACCCUGAGGAUUUAUAUGAAUAAUCAUACUGAAAUUUGGAAUGUUGGAAUUUGUUUGAGUACUGUAAAUAGGAUUCCUUCGAGAAAAAAGGUCAUACAAUGACAAUUUUAUCCUUCUUUUCAAACUGUGAUGAUAUCUCCUCGACAAACUUAGGGGUUGUUGACAUUCCUGUAGAAUGAAAACAGGGUUAAUUCAUUGGGUUAGUUUGUC